UUUUCAGGGUGCAGAGCAGAAGACAAUGUAACACAGCCAACAUAAGAUGUAAUGGUCGUAGAAGGACCAACAAAACCAACAAAACUCACUUGUCUAUUUAUUACAACUGAUCAAUCACCAUAUCUCUUCUGGUAAAAACAACAAACAAAUAGCAACUGCAUGUUUAUGCUGAGAAAGGAUACAGUUGGAGUCGGGGAAACUGCUGCUGAAUUCAAGGAGAGAUUUCAUGCCCGUCUGAAUGUCACGGCAAAAUCAGUCCCCUUGAUGAUCCAGAGGGUGCAGAUGUCUGACUCUGCUGUGUACUACUGUGCUCUGAAGCCCACUGUGACAACAGGAUAUACAGCCCCCUUACAAAAACACUGUAUGUGUGCACGUGGGUGUGUUCAGUACUUUGUGUUGUGUGCCGUUUUUUAAGGGGAGGUGUUAUAUAAUUGAGAGGAAUAUAAUUGGCAGAGGAAAGGAAAUACCUUUCAUAGCUGACAUUGAGAAACCAGGGUAGACAUUCUGUCAUAACUAUACUUGUGUUCACUUUUUUCACGGCGUCAAAUAACACUUACCAGCAUGUUACUAAGAUCAAUUUCAAUAUUUGCACUAGCGCCUGAGUUUGAUGCUAUUCUUCAUAUCCAAUCACAAAUCCAAUGUAAUUACUGGAGCCUGGAGUAAAAUUACUGUGAAGGAUCUUUUGUCCAUUUUUAAUACACUUGACUGAAAUCUGAGUUGAAUUUUAUGCUAAUUUCCUGAUAAUAAUUCCUGUUUUCAUGAAUGUUUUACAGGUGGCAGUCAUGGGAAUGACAUUACUCCAGCAACAGAUAAGGUGUUUGGGUUGGAGGGUGAUGUCAUAAAGCUGUCCUGUAACUACUCCUCUGCUAGUAAUCUCCAGUGGUAUCGACAGGACCCUGAAUCAUCUCCCAUCUUCCUCCUCCUCACUGGAGUCACAUCAAACCCCUCUGUAGUGAACGGUACUCCACCAUACCCAUGACUGUCUGUUAAACUGAAUAAGGAGAGAACCCGUGUGGAUUUGGAGAUCUCCUCUUCUGAAGUGACAGACUCUGCUCUCUACUACUGCGCCCUACAGCCCAUAGUGACAGGAAACCCAGAAACACUGUACAAAAACCUGACAGCUCAUGAUAAACUCCUGUUAUGCAUAUUUUAGGGCAGGGGUGGGGCUUCCUAUUGUAUGUUCAAGAAAAUUAAUUAUCUUUUAAAAACUGUGUUGUACUUCACUCCAGCAUAUAACCUCAGCUACAAUAUGAUGGUUCUCUACACAGUUAUUUUACUUUCUGCUCUGACAGGUUAGUAAAUGACUGUAUUCCUGUCAUUAUUUUAACUAGAUUGUUCAGGGUAAUGUAUAGUUAAUCUGAAUUAUUGGAUUUUAGAGUAAAUACCAAGAUCUUUCCUCAUUUCAAAUACAUCGAUCUUGUGAUUUAUCCAUAACCUCUUCACAUUUUCAUGUGUCAGUUUUCAGCAGACCAUCCAGCCAAACCAACAUGAAGUGUAUGGAGAGGAGGGUAGUAAUGUUCAGCUUUCCUGCAACUACUCCUCAUCAUACAGUGUACUGUGGUAUAAACAGUAUCCAGGAUCAGCUCCCCAAUUCCUGCUUUUCAUCCACCAUGCCUAUAGGACUGUAGUGAGAGCUAAACCUCCAUACCCUCACCUCACUGUUAAACUGAACAAAGAGAAGACCUGUGUGGAUCUGGAGAUCUCCUCUGGUGAAGUGACAGACUCUGCUCUGUACUACUGUGCUGUCAAGCCCACAGUGACAGGAAACACAACUUGAUCAUACGAAAACAGACAGCCUGACACACAGAUGUGGGAUGUAGACUUUCCAUUCAGAAUGAACUUCAUCCUAUAAACCCUGAUAAAAUAUCAUACAAUUCAUACGAUAUUGUUUAUUUGCAUAUGGUGAUGUGGUACAGCAUGGUAUAGUAUUGUGGAUCAAUUGAAAAAACAAAAACAAACAAACAAAGGCAUUCCCUAGACAUUUCCAGUUAGGAAUGAAGUGUAAAAUAAUCUGAGGAAGAGGCCAAUAAGAACUGAAAACCCUUAACCACAAACCACAGAAGAAGAAUUACAUAUCCAGUUAUCAGAGGAGGGGCCUCAUAGUCAAACACUGGUAUAGGCUGGGUAUACCUGCAACCAUGAGGAUGCCUCUGUAGAGGAUCUACUCAGGUCUCUCACUGUCUUAUCUCUCAGUUGGUUUAUCUAGUCUGUGUCAGGAUGUCACUCAUAUUACUGUUUCUCCUCUCUGUGUUUGUAGGUGAGUGCUGAAUUCUCAGCUUAAACCAAAUAACAUUUUGAUUUGCCUGCGUUCAAUUAACGAUUCCAUAAAAUCUAAAUGGUAGUAAUACUUUAAAAUUGUCAUUGUUACUGUUAUCAUGUCUGGACGUUAUAUGGACCUUUUCCAUUUAACAUUUGGAAUUAACAUUUUGAAUCCCAAUACUUAUGUUGUUGCAGCUGAUAGUAUGGAGCAGGAAACAAUAACUCCAUUGAAGUCUGAAGUCAAUGUUCUCCAAGGAACAGACAUCACUCUCUCCUGCAACUACAAGGGCAACGUUAACAAUUGCCAAUGGUACCGUCAAUACCCCGGAUCUAGACCAGAAUGUCUUCUUUUGAUCCUACCAACCAACAAGUAUGUACAGAAUACAUCCAUUACGACUCCACGACACACUGGUAGACUGAAUGAAGAGAAGACCCGUGUUGACUUGAAGAUCUCCUCUGCUAUAUUGGAAGACUCUGCUCUGUACUACUGCGCCUUGCAGCCCACAGUGACAGGAAACCCAGACACACCGCACAAAAACCUGUCAAGAUCCUUGUGGAUAAACAGUGUCUUGGUGGACACAUUGUACUCUGAUAGAUCAGUUUUUAUUUAGAGUACAUUAUUACUAAUAUUUUCCCUGCAUUUCCACAUCAACUGAAAAAUAAAUAUAACUGGUAUUUUAUUGAAAUAUAUUCCCUUCUCCAGGAAAUAAUACUUUAUAUUGUAUUGUGAUAUAACAUGAUCAGAUAUAUUAGUCUGAAUAAAUACAGAAUGAAUAACAUUUGUGUUGUUUUGGUUCCUUAGAGUAUUAAGGGCAGUAAUUGUCUUAUUCUUCUCCAUUGGUUUUUGUGAACAGCAUACAUUUUGAGAUAAUACCAAUAGAGGGCAGUCAUGGGCCGCAUGAUCUCUAUUCAGAACUAUAGCAAAAUCAUGAAGAUGACAUUAAGCAGCAAUUCAACCUUGAAAGACAGUUUAACUCAAAUACCCAACCACCUUUAGUGUAGAGAGGUUGAACUAUAAAGUAAAUGAGUGCUUUGACAUUACAGUAUGUAGUCUAAAAUAUGUUUGAGGAGAGAAUAGUGAUAUUCUCUUACAUGAAAGCGCAUAAAGCCAGUCAUUCAGUACCCAUAAAGAUGUUUUUAUGCAAUUUUGCUUUUUUCAAUGUCCAUUGGUAAGUGCAUAGGUUUUGCAUUGGGUUUUGCAUUGCAGUUUUGCGUUGCAGACAUACUUGUCAAUAUGCUGUAGCAUUUACGGUACAUGAAUUGCAAUAUGAUUUAUUUAAAACAUAUCUAAGAUUAUUUAUUUCAGGUAGCAGUUAUGAGGAGGAAAUAAUAUCAGCCACAACUGAAGAGCAUGUUUUUGAGGGUGAUGGUGUUAUUCUGUCCUGCAACUACACUGGCUCUUACAGUACUGAUACUUUACUGUUGUACCAACAAUACCCCAGAUCAAAACCAGAAUUCCUGAUCCUCAUCACUGAAGGAGGGUUUAAGACACAUCUGACAACAAAUAGUAUACUGUAGUAAGAAAGCCAAAACAGAAAAUAUUUCACGUUGGUAUCAAUGAGGAGGUGCUGUAUAAGCAAAGAUAUACAAGUAGCUUAUGGGAUGUUAUUGUUCAGGAAGAAGCUAGUCAGUCAGGUCCUUCACUGCUAUCUGUCUGUAUGUCUGUCUGUUUGUUUCUCAAAGGUCUAGCAAGAUGUUGCUCUUCUCAGUUGUUCUCUUUUCAGCUUUUUUAGAUGAGUUAUUAUAUAGAUAGAAUUUAUUGCUUUGUUUUACAGCGAGGCCAGACAAAAUUGAUUUACUGUUUAACGGAUUUUCCCCUCAGAAAAGUGAGGUGAGCGUGCAAAAACAAACUAAAAACUAAAAAAACAAGUGGAUAAGUAAUAACAGUACUUUACCACAUUGUCCUAGGCACUUGUGCAGUCUCUAGGCCUAAUGUGAGCUUCAAGAAUUAUAUUAUUCCAUGCGAAAACCUACACAAUUUUUCUGAAAAAGAAUGCAGAUGUUACAAUGUUGUUAUAAUCAUGAUAAAUGAAACACAAUGGGAAGUAUAACUUAUGACAGUUUCUUUAUUCCUGAUGAAUAAAACAUAUCUGAUAAAAAUCAAGAACAGAUUCACAAGACACCAUAACUAAAGUUGGCCGUGUGCAGUAGAUCACCUUCUGGGUGUCAACAAACAAUGGCGAUUCAACAUGUAGAAUCGUCUGGAAAUGAACAUAACGAACAAUGUUCUGUGGUCAGAGGCAAUAGCACAAUCACCUGCUGCUUUUUUACUGUUCAACAGCACGGUCUGUUUUGUCCUUUAUUUGUUGUUUUUUCUGGUCUCUAGGGUGUUCAUUUAUUUUUAAGAUUUAUUGGAGCUCUUGUAAUGAACUCCUUUCCUUCUUGCUUACACACUGCGCACAUUGGCCUGACAUGUUGGAAUUGUUGUUUGAUCCUCACUACCUCUUCCCCCUCAAGAACAUUUGGACAUCCACGAUGGACACACACAUCUGGGAAUGACACUGUGAUUGCUGAGUAAAACUGCGUCACCACUUCCAUUCCACAGGUUAGCCCCUUGAAAGCAACUAUCUGCUCGUGAUAUGGAUAGUCUUCUUGGAAAAGCUCUGAACCAGAUGUAAAAAUUUUCUCAUUCCAAAUGCGUUGGACUGCUUUCUGUUCUUCUUUAGACAGCUUGCUUUUGGCAUACAAGUACAGUGGGGAAAAAAAGUAUUUAGUCAGCCACCAAUUGUGCAAGUUCUCCCACUUAAAAAGAUGAGAGAGGCCUGUAAUUUUCAUCAUAGGUACACGUCAACUAUGACAGACAAAUUGAGAAUUUUCUUUCCAGAAAAUCACAUUGUAGGAUUUUUUAUGAAUUUAUUUGCAAAUUAUGGUGGAAAAUAAGUAUUUUUUUUUUACUUGUCUCUAACACUUACUUUGAAUACAUCAAAACACUAAUGAAUGAUGUUAAUGUCUCCUAUAAAUAAAGCCUAUGAAUGGAAUGUUUCACCUGUCCUUAAUUUAAUUUGAGCAUUGAUUGAUUCUGUGAAUUUGAUGUGUAUUCGUAUUCUGCUACAGUCAGGCCUCUUAACUACAUCAUAUACAUACAAUAUGCGUGGUUUAUAUGACAUCAUUGCUCUCAUUGUUGACCUGCUCAGUGGUUUGGUCCUCAGGUGGUAAAUCCAUUUACUGCACUCUUUAGUGGAGCAUAGCUGAAGCCAACUGACUGGUAAUGGACCAGACAAAUAUAAAAUGGCUCUUUUGGUCUGGUUCGCUACAUUUUAGUCAUUUAGCAGACACUCUUAUCCAGAGCGACUUACAGUUUUAGUGAGUGCAUAUAUUUUUUAUACUGGCCCCCCGUGGGAAACAAACCAACAACCCUGGCGUUGCAAGCACCAUGCUCUACCAGCUGAGCUACAGGAGGCCCUAGAUAGGAAAAGUAAUUUUGCACAUGUAUGAUCAUUCAUAAUCCAUGUGAGGAUUUAGUGUCUUUAUUCUCAGAACUUCCUCAACAUUUAAAUGUGGUCAGCAAUGUGUAGGUAUAGUUUAAAGGGUUUUCUUUAUAUUUACCCACAAACAGCCAUUACUGCAGCUCCUGGCUUAUCUUCAGGUGAGGUACCUUAUCUUAUCCUACAUGUGCUGCCCACUACACCUUCUGAAGGAUGGGUUGAUCAGGCCCAAGUGAGCCACGUGGCUCGUCCACCACUUUUCACUCUUCAGCCACAACCACUGAGAUGUUCUCUCUGCCUCCUGAUCAGUUAUAUGACAGAUCGUCUUUGUCUGUGCUCCUCCUAUAGAUUGCCCUCCACAGUUAUGAAGUCCAGUGACAAGGUUUUUCUAUGUAUAAUAAUGAUACAAUAGUUCCAUCUAGUGUUCAACAUUCUGCCCAACAAGGUGAAACCUUGACAUUGCUUGUAUUUUCAAGGGCAAGUUACUAGUGAGAGUCAACAGGUGUCAGUGGAGUCUCAUCAGUUUGCUUCUAUUCCUUUAAGCUAGAAAUAUAAUUUGCAUGGGCUGCAUCUCAAUCCACCGCAUCAGCCUAUGGCGGUCUUCCGCAUCUGUGGUGGAAGGUGGCCGAGCUACAGCGGUGUUUGUCAAACCAUUUGACAUCCCGAAAAUCGGUCUUCUCACAAAAACGUAUGUAGCGUCGAAACGGUUUGGCCUAGAAAAAUAAUAUGACCACUCUAUUGAAAGAUGAGUCUCUCACGAAUACGUAUGUAGAGUACGCACCGUUUGGGCUACAAACUAAAGUGACCCCUCUGUGAAAAGGGGAGAUUCUCACGAACAUGAUGGAGAAUUUAAGGGGUUAAAUAUGUGUCAAAAAUAUACAUAUUGUAUAUAUUUCCUGAGCUGUCUUAUAUCUCCUAUUUAUAGGACAAACACUUAAAACCUUAUUCCGUAUUAUUUAUUUUUUGAAUUUUAUUUCUUGUUAUUUAUGACUGUGUUAUUCAAUGCAUUUCUAUGGGAUUUGGUAGUAAAGGCCAAAUUCAAUAUUUUAUCAAAUAAUUUUGUUAUAUAUUUUUUAAUACCUAAAGGGGUCCUAAAAUUCCAAAUCAAAUAGCUAAAUGAUCCAUGGUAUGACCAUCUUAAAAUAAUUAUAUAUGUCAACUUAUAACACCCACCCCCAACCUCUUAGACUCUAGAGAAUUAAAUCAUGCAUGCGGCAUGCAAACACUUUACAGGUGUUCCCCUACAAUUAGCAUAUCAAACUAAAUCAACCUGAGAAGGGCAGCAUUUCACAGGAAAUCAUUCUAGCAGUUCAACUAAAUUGAAUAAUAAAUGAGCUCCUCCCCUACUGCAGAGCCCCACAAUUAUGAGACUUCUCAGCUACAGUGGAUGGAACAUAAAGUCUAUUACAGUCUAUUCUUCCUCUAUACAUGAAUCAUAAUGGCACCUUGGCUUAGGAAUACUUUACUUAUCCUGGCUACAUGCUAUUUUGGUACAGUGUAGUGCUUUUCCUUCCUGUUCACUUUGUCUGAAUCUUAGCCUAUUAAUUAUUAUUUAAAAAAUAAAAUAAAACUAUAACUACUUUUUCAGAUUGCAAAGGUGAAGAGGCUGUUGACCAGCAGAGUGGACAUGUUACUGCCCUUGAAGGAGGACUAGUAACACUCAGCUGUAAAUACACUACCAGUACUACAUCUCCUGAUCUCUUCUGGUACAUCCAGUUAACUAGGGACUCUCCUCAGUAUGUCCUGAGAAGAGAUCGUUAUUCAGAAGGGAGCAAUAGUGAUGCCUUCAAGAAGAGGUUUGUUUCCAGGCUGAAUUUCACAUCUAGCUCUGUCCCCUUGAUGAUCCAGAGGUUGCAGCUAUCUGACUCUGCUGUGUACUACUGUGCUCUGAGGCCCACUGUGACAACAGGAGAUUCAGUCACUGUACAAAAACUCAGGUUAGAGUGUUGUUCAGACAAUGUCACAAGCUUCUCAAUGUUUGAUGAUACACAGAAAGAGGAGGAGACAAGGAGUUCAUAGUCUCAUCUUGGUCUAGUUACAUCAGAGUGGUAUUACUCUUCUCCCACUGAUCUCACAGUAGCAGGUAUGGAACCCUGGCUGAGGAAUUUACUGAUUCUUGCUGUACUUUGUUAUGGUAUGAUAAUAUUAUUUUCCUUAUUUGUUUUCUGCCUUUGCUCCCAUUCCUUUCUUUUAUAAAACAUAUUUCUCAGUACAAUACUAUUAGUAUUAAAUUCCUAUCUUUUUAUUCCCUCAAUUAUGUUGCAUGAUUAUGUUUAUUAAAUUAUUUUCCAGAAUGCAGAGGAGAAGACUCAGUCACUCAGUCACCAGGAGAUGUGAUCGCUACUGAGGGAGAACAGGUCAAACUGGACUGUCAAUUUGAUACUCUAGAUACAGAUCCAUUCCUGUUCUGGUACAAGCAGGGAGCUAAUGACUUCCCAAAGUAUAUGCUGAGGAGGACAACUUUUGGAUCAGAUAAUGCCAUUGAAUUCCAGGGGAGAUUCAAUGCCCAUCUCAAUUUAACAACAUUUUUAUCAGCAUCAAAAUCAGUCCCCUUGACGAUCCAGAGGUUGCAGCUGUCUGACUCUGCUGUGUACUACUGUGCUUUGAGGCCCACUGUGACAACAGGAUAUACAUCCCCCCUACAAAAACUAGUGUAUCCUUGGCACUAGUGUAUAAAAAAUGCAAGCCUUACUUCUGUGGUGGGUGUGAUGUUAGCAGGGCUGUAGACCACACACAGUGACACACAAAAUAACAUUUCAGAGGAGAGUGAAUGGAUGCAAACAUCAGUGUGAAGAUGGAGAAAUCAAUCAGUGUAUUGAUCAUUCUGAUUAUGACUACAAGUAAACAAUACCUAAAUAUUUGACAUCCUUGCAUCCUUAUAAUCAGAUUUUUCUAUUUUGGUAUUGCUAGUAAAAUAUAUUUUGAUGAAGUAAAGUAAUUGAAAUGUGAAAAAUAAGAAUGUGUUUUCAAUCAGCUUCAAUAUCAAUUUUUCUUCUGCAUGAAUGGUAUCUGGUGAUAAUGUGACUCCUAAUAAGGAGGAGUACACCCCACUGAGGGAUCAUCAGUGUCUCUGAGCUGUACAUAUGAAACAAGCAGCACUAACAUCUACCUUUACUGGUACCAACAAUACCCUAACCAGGCACCUCAGUAACUACUGUAUAAAGGUGCCAGAGAAAAUAGUGUUGACCAUAUCUCUAAUCAUCUAUAUGAAUCUAUAACGUCCAAAAUGUAGACUACACUCAUGAUAAAACAAGUAACUUUGGUAGACACAACUCACUACUACUGUGCCCUGAAGGAUGCCUAGUGAAAUAGCGUCUCUGAGAGUAGUGCACUGAAAGAUUACAUGUUCUAGAUGAGCUUGUUGGUCAUUUGCUGACCACAGUUCAUUAUCAGGCAGCAGAGAGUCUGUAGAUUAGAUUAUUGUGGUUACACCUGUUGUUAGAGUAUGUAAAAACACAUUUAGCAUUACAGGGGAAACUUGUAUUAUAUACAAAUUAGAGAAUAUUAUCAAUAUGGAAACCAAAUCAUUUGAAAAUGCAUUUUUUGUAAGCUUGUCUCUCUAACAUUAACCAUGCUGUGCUGGUUCACCUUGUUCUUUUUAACAUUUGUGGGUAAGUAAAAUACAUUUGACAGUAAUAAUAAUGUGUAAUUACGUCAUUAAAAGCUUAGAAAAACAACACACAAGCUUUGACCGGAGAAAGAUAACUUCUAUUUUAUUUUCUGCAGGUGGGGAUGGAAUUUUCUCCAUCAGUCUUGAGUAGGAUGUGAUACAUGGUGGCAGUGUCAAGCUUUCCUGCAACUACACAGUAUCUGGUGGAGGCAGUGUCUUAUGGUAUCACCAAUAUCCCACAUCUGCUCCCCAAUUCCUCCUCCUCAUCUCAGUGUAUUCAGCAUCUGUUGAGACAAUAGUUACUGCAGAACCACCGUAUCCUCGACUGUCAGUUAACGUUGACAAAGUGGCUGAACGUGUGUAUCUGGAGAUCUCCUCUGCUGAAGUGACAAACUCUGCUCUGUACUACUGUGCUCUGAGGCCCACAGUGACAGGAAACCCAGACACACUGUACAACAACUGUACAGAAGCAGUGGAUAACAAUCCUGGUUGUGAACUGUUUCAAAUUUAA